GAGCAGCGCGGGCGACAGUUGCUGUGGUUUCCGUCUUUAGGUGUUUAGGUUUACCUGUGACUUGAAGCUCGUGGACCUAGCAUCCCGCUUUCAAGUCCAGCUAUCGGUGGCUGCCGAUCGGGACGUACGAGCGCAGCGUCUCUUCUUCAGAUCAGAGCCUGCCCCCUGCUUUGCCCUCGCCACUCGGUGCCGCUAUCUCCUCGGGGCCUAAGUUGGCGCCGGCGCGGCUAAAGAGAAGGCCGCCGGCACUAUGUUCAAAAAUACGUUCCAGAGCGGCUUCCUCUCCAUCCUCUACAGCAUCGGCAGCAAGCCUCUGCAGAUUUGGGACAAAAAGGUACGGAAUGGCCACAUCAAAAGAAUCACUGAUAACGACAUCCAGUCCCUGGUACUUGAGAUUGAAGGAACAAAUGUCAGCACUACGUACAUCACAUGUCCUGCGGACCCAAAGAAGACACUGGGAAUUAAACUUCCCUUCCUCGUCAUGAUUAUCAAAAACCUAAAGAAAUAUUUUACCUUUGAAGUACAGGUACUUGAUGACAAGAAUGUGCGUCGGCGGUUUCGGGCAAGUAACUACCAGAGCACUACCCGGGUCAAACCCUUCAUCUGUACCAUGCCUAUGCGGCUGGAUGAUGGCUGGAACCAGAUUCAGUUCAACCUGUCAGACUUCACACGGCGGGCGUACGGCACAAAUUACAUCGAGACCCUGAGAGUGCAGAUCCAUGCGAACUGUCGCAUCCGACGGGUUUACUUCUCAGACAGACUCUACUCAGAAGACGAACUGCCGGCGGAGUUCAAACUGUAUCUCCCAGUUCAGAACAAGGCAAAGCAAUAACUGGAAUGCAAACCGAGGGAUUGACCCUGGACAUGACUCUUCAUUUAAAAAGGAAACUAUCUGGAGGACAAUGCAAAAAGCCGGAAUAUUUAUUAGUUCACUGUGCUGUGGUUCUUUUAUCUCCUACUUGGUGUCCCUUGUGAUGGACCCCAGUGACCCUGCCAUGACUCCGUAAUUGCCUUGUAAGUACAGUGAGGGAUAAGCCGUCCUUUGAGUGACUCGUGAAUGCUGAAGUUUCUCCUGCUGCCUGCCCCAGGGAGUGGGGAAAUGCAUCUACCACGAACGUACAGAAUUAAAGAUGUCCAACAAGACAGUUUCAGACCAAUCUGUCUUUCUAUGGUGUGUUCUUUGUUUUCUGUAUUAUCUAAAUAUAUGUAUCAUAUGCUGUGUGAUACUCAUAAUCUGGAGAUGAAUAAACUGGGUUGGUAAAUUUGUCCUAUUUUGUGUCUUUUUCAAUGGUGGCAUUUCGCUUUCCUUCAUGAUAUGGAAAUAGAAUUAUUUCCAAAGAACAUCUC